UCAAUCACUUGAUUUACAUUAUCAAAAUAAUAGAAUAACGAACCUCCCUCUCUAUAUAAUGGAAUCCAAACCCUUAAACGACGUCGUGGCAUCAAAGCCGAAUCACGACUCAACCGAAACAGCAUCAUCGCCAUCGCCAUCAGAAUUCGAGAAGAAGCAGAAACAUUACCAAGAAAUCAUCGCCACGCUUCCUCACGAAAAUGGCUGGCGACCAAAAGACCCGUUCGUCGAGUACGGUGGUCACUGGUGGCUACAACCUCUCCUCGAAGGUUUACUCCACGCCCAGUCAUUCUUCAAAGCUCGACCCAAUGACUUCUUCGUCUGCAGCUACCCGAAAACCGGCACGACUUGGCUCAAAGCUCUAACCUUUGCAAUCGCGAAUCGCUCUAGGUUCGACGAUUCCACAAACCCUCUUCUCAAACGCAACCCGCACGAGUUCGUGCCUUACAUCGAAAUCGAUUUCCCCUUUUUCCCAGGCGUUGAUGUCCUUAACGACGCAGGAAACACGCUCUUCUCCACUCAUAUCCCUUACGAUCUCUUGCCCGAAUCGAUCGUGAAAUCAGGUUGCAAGAUGGUUUACAUCUGGAGAGACCCUAAAGACACGUUUGUGUCGAUGUGGACUUUUGCUCACAAGGAGAGAUCACAACAAGGAGCUCUCAUCAGCCUCGAGGAAGCUUUUGAUAAGUAUUGUCAAGGUUUGUCUGCGUACGGUCCUUACCUUGAUCAUGUUUUAGGGUACUGGAAGGCUCACGAAGCAAACCCAGAUCAGAUUCUGUUUCUCAAGUACGAGACGAUGAGAGCUGAUCCAUUGCCGUACGUGAAGAGGUUGGCUGAGUUUAUGGGGUAUGGAUUCACGGAGGAGGAAGAGGAAAAAAGGGUUGUUGAGAAAGUUGUGAAGCUUUGUAGCUUUGAGAAUCUGAAGAAUCUUGAAGCUAACAAAGGGGACAAGGAUAGAGAAGAUCGUCCUGCUGUUUAUGCCAACAGUGCUUAUUUCAGGAAAGGGAAAGUUGGGGAUUGGCAGAAUUAUUUGACUCCGGAGAUGGUGGCUCGCAUUGAUGGUUUGAUGGAGGAGAAGUUUAAAGGAACUGGUUUUCUUUCUUCAGCACCAUGAAUGAUCCCUUUUUUUUGAGUUUCUUUUCCAAGCGAUGACUGUCUGAUUCUUCUGAUCCUAAUUAUGCUGGUUUGUGGCAUAAGUUGCUUCAUUGAAUGAAUCUGUAUUGAAGCGUUACUGUUGUUUCUGAGUGUGUUUAUCAUUAUAUGUAUCGAUUUUUCUUAUUGGUCAUAAAUUAAUGAACUUUUCUUUCAGAGAUGCAAA